AUGUCUAUUUUAAAUACCGCCCCGACUCCUCCUGUUCCUCUUCUGGAUACAGAAACGAUAGCCUUUCCUGCCGAUACUAAGGCUGGCGCAGAGGCAACGGCAACAAGUCCGACGUUGCUCCUUGGAUUCUCCCAAUCCGGCGCCUCCAAUAGACCCCCCCAAUCCGGCGCCGAUGACCCAGAUCAUCAUGAUCCGCAUGCCUCGAAGACCUUAUGGCAGUGUGUAAGUCUGUAUAGUCCGUCAAUUUUCUGGUCCAUGAUCUUCUCGGCCUCGCUCAUCAUGGAGGGCUAUAGUCUCGCGCUCGUGCCCUCUCUCUUUGCUCAACCUUCGUUCCAAAAGAAGUUUGGAGAGCCUCUUACUGCUCCUCAAAUUGGUUAUGAUGUCUCGGCGGGCUGGAAAACCGGACUCAACGUUGGUCCUAUCAUCGGCGAACUCAUUGGUCUCUUCCUGAAUGGAAUCUGUUGCGACAGAUAUGGUUACAAGAAGACCAUGUUCGUCUUUAUGGGCUUCAUGGCCGGCUUCAAUCUCAUCACCUUUUUCGCGGGGGAUGUCAAAGUCCUUUUUGCGAGCCAGCUGCUCUCUGGAAUCCCGUGGGGUGUCUUUCAGGCCAUGGCGCCCGCAUACUCCUCCGAGAUCUGCCACACGUCCAUCCGUCCCUACGUGACCAAUUUCGUGAACUUUUGCUGGCUCUUUGGACAACUGGCUGCAUCUAUCGUGCUGCGCUGUUUCGUCAAUUAUGAUGGUCAAUGGGCAUACAGAAUUCCCUUUGCAAUCCAAUGGGCUUUCCCAGUUCCAAUCAUGAUUCUCGUGAUUUUUGCGCCCGAGUCUCCCUGGUUUCUACUUCGCCAGAAUCGCGACCAAGAUGCCGUCAAAUCCUUGCGACGUCUCGCCUCCAAGGAAUAUACCACAGCGGACGCCCAACGCACGCUGGAGUACUACAAGCGGACAGACGAGAUCGAGAAGCUGGCUUCUGCUGGCACUGCGUACAAGGACUGCUUCACUGGUACCGAUUGCCGCCGCACGGAAAUCUCCGCCAUGGUCUGGGUCGCCCAAUCGCUUGUUGGAAGCGCUUUGAUGGCUUCUUCGACCUACUUCUACACGCAAGCUGGUGUUGACACCGAAACGGCCUACAACCUGACGCUUGGUGGCUAUGGAGCUGGAAUGGCCGGUACUAUAGCCUCCUGGGUCAUCACAGGAUAUGUCGGACGCCGAAAGCUAUAUGUUUGCGGAUCUAGCAUUCUCGGUCUGCUCCUUUUAACCAUUGGCUGCAGCGCAUUCUCCGACUCCAAGGCUGCGCACUGGACCACUUGUACCCUACUCAUCGCCUAUACCUUGGUCUACAACCUCACCAUCGGACCGACAUGCUAUACUCUGAUUUCCGAGAUAUCCUCUACUCGCCUGAAGGCCAAAACGGUAGUCAUUGCGCGCGGCUGGUACAACGUCGGAGCCAUCCUGGUCAACAUCUUGGCGAACUACCAACUCACACCCAAGGCCAGUGGUGGAUGGGGCUGGGCGGCGAAGACCGGCUUCUUUUACGCAGGAACCUGUCUCUUGAUGGUCAUCUGGCAAUUCUUCCGGCUGCCGGAGCCCAAGGACCGGGACUACGCCGAGUUGGACAUCUUGUUCGAGCACAAAAUCAGUGCCAGGAAGUUUGCGAGCACGAUGGUGGACGUUUCCAGGAACGCCAUCGUUCCCGGUCAGCGGAGAAGUUCGAGGGAGAAGGACAGGUCGGCGGCGCCUGUGGCGCCCGUGGAGCUUGAGAACGUUGACAAGAACGUCGCGGUUUCCAGCAGUGGCUAG